AUCCCUAUAUUUCUAGUGCGAUCUUCACAGUUCAAUCUCAAGAGAGGGAGAUAUAUAUAUUUAUAUAUAUAUAAUGGAAGGUGAAAUCAACAAUUUCAUAGUGUUAUUGAUCACAGUCUUGGCAUCUAUUUGCUACUGUCAUGCCAUAGGCAAGUUCAUCCCCAAAGGUCCUCCUAGACUUGUUGCCAUUUUCCCAAUAGUAGGUCUCUUUCUCUAUCUUCCUCUCAAUCUCUCCUCAGUAAAUCUUGGAAGCACAACCAAUUUCUUCAUAUCAUGGCUUGCCGACUUCAAGCUCCUCCUCUUUGCCUAUGGUAAGGGUCCUUUAUCUCCUAACCCACCAAUACCUUUGUCGCGUUUCAUCACCAUAGCUUGUCUACCCAUCAAGAUUCAAAACCACCCAUCUCACCAAACCACCCAAAAAAGCCACAAAUCACCUCUAAAUUAUGCCAUAAAGAUUAUGCUUUUCUCUACUCUUUUGCGUUCCUAUAGCUAUAAACAAUAUUACCAUCCAAAAUUUAUAAUGUUGCUAUAUUGCUUUCACAUAUACUUAUCCCUUGACCUGAUGUUAGCCAUGGUUGGGGCCCUGGUUCGAGCCCUAGCCCGGUUGGAGCUCGAGCCACAGUUUGAUGACCCUUACCUAUCUAGCUCGUUGCAAGACUUUUGGGGCAGAAGGUGGAACCUCAUGGUUACUGGUAUCCUACGCCCGACUGUCUACGAUCCCGUCCGAUCCAUAUCUACCCGCUUCAUAGGGAGAAAGUGGAGCCCGCUUCCAGCAGUACUCGCAACAUUUUUUUUGUCUGGUAUGAUGCAUGAAUUGAUUUUCUAUAACUUUGGAAGAGUGAAGCCCACAUGGGAGGUCACGUGCUUCUUUCUCCUUCAUGGGAUGUGUUUGGCCGUAGAAAUUGUGAUCAAGAAGGCGGUUGAUGGCAAAUUCCGAUUGCCACGGAUCGUGUCGGGUCCGCUGGUACUUGUGUUCGUGGUGGUUACCGGCAUCCGGUUGUUCAUUCCAUCGUUUUUAAGGUAUGGAGUCGACGUCAGGGCAGGGAGAGAGGCUGUUGCUUUUGUAGAGUUUGCUAAGGAUGUGGGCAAGUUUGUUAAACUUACAUCAUUUAAUCAUUGAGUACUGAGUAGAUAGGCGUAACCCUUUUCUAUUAUGUCAAUUUGAGCUUACCUACCUAAGUUUAAUGCAUCUUCGACUAAAGUCCAUUUCACUGUAAUUAUAUUUGCACACAAUAUAUAUUGUGUAUUAUGUAUAUGCGAGUGUGCUUAGUUCAGAACAAUGCUUGCAUCCUGUGUAUG